AGUUUAAAUUCUCAAAGCUACAAAACUAAACCAGAAGCACCGUUCUCUCUAUUUCAUCUAACACCAAAAAAAAGAAAUUCAAACAACAAAGAAAAAAUUUUAAAUAAAAUGACGGAAGAAAUAAAGUUAAGCGUUGUAGUGAGUUUAUUCACAUGGAUCCAGAGGAGCCGACCGUCGGCGAAGCGGUCUAAGUUUCGUAAAUUCCUCGAUACGUUUUGUACACCUUCCGAUUACUUCAGUGCUAUGCGGCUUAUCCUUCCUUCACUCGAUCGAGAACGUGGAACUUACGGCCUCAAGGAGUCUGUUCUCGCAAUUUGCCUCAUCGAUGCUCUCGGCAUGUCGAGGGAUUCUGCUGAUGCUCUACGUCUUAUCAAUUGGCGCAAAGGUGGAGCUAAUACUGGUGCUAAUGCUGGAAACUUUGCUCUUGUUGCUGCUGAGGUUUUGCAGCGUAGGCAAGGUACGGUUUCCGGGGGACUUACUAUCAAGGAGUUGAAUGAGUUGCUUAAUCGAUUGGCUUCUGCUGAAAGCAGGGCUGAGAAGACUGCAAUCCUUGCUACUUUGAUUAAUAAGACAAAUGCACAGGAAAUGAAGUGGGUUAUCAUGAUUAUUCUAAAAGAUCUCAAGUUGGGAAUUAGUGAGAAGAGCAUAUUUCAGGAAUUUCAUCCAGAUGCCGAAGACUUGUUUAAUGUCACGUGUGACCUAAAAUUGGUUUGUGAAAAGUUAAGGGAUCGUACUCAGCGUCAUAAGCGUCAGGACAUUGAGGUUGGAAAGGCUGUACGCCCACAACUAGCUUUGAGAGUUCGUGAUCCAGCUGCUGCAUGGAAAAAGCUUCAUGGUAAGGAGGUAGUUGUUGAGUGUAAAUUUGAUGGUGAUCGCAUCCAAAUCCACAAAAAUGGAACAGACAUACACUACUACUCCAGGAAUUUUCUUGAUCAUUCUGAAUAUCAGCACGGGAUGUCAAAUAUUAUUACACAAAAUAUUUUGGUUGAUAGGUGUAUACUUGAUGGAGAAAUGUUAGUUUGGGAUUCCACUUUAAAUCAGUUUGCUGAGUUCGGGUCAAAUCAGGAAAUAGCCAAGGCAGCAAAAGAUGGCCUUGAUAGUGACAGACAGGUUUUGUGCUAUGUUGCAUUUGACAUUCUUUAUGUUGGGGAUACAAGUGUUAUUCACCAAAGUUUGAAGGAACGGCAUGAGCUUCUUCAAAAAGUUGUGAAGCCUUUGAAGGGUCGUUUAGAGAUUUUAGUGCCUAAUGGUGGUCUCAAUGCACAUCGUCCUCCUGGGGAACCUUGUUGGUCAUGUAUUGCUCACAGUGUGAAUGAUGUUGAGAGAUUUUUCAAGGAAACAAUUGAAAAUAGGGAUGAAGGAAUUGUAAUUAAAGACCUUAAUUCCAAGUGGGAACCAGGUGAUAGAAAUGGGAAGUGGUUGAAGUUGAAGCCUGAUUACAUUCGGGCUGGUUCUGACUUGGAUGUUCUCAUUAUUGGAGGGUAUUACGGCUCUGGGCGUCGAGGAGGAGAGGUAGCUCAAUUCUUAGUAGGCCUAGCAGAUCGUCCAGACCCCAAUGCCUAUCCCAGGCGAUUUAUAUCCUUCUGCAGGGUUGGUACUGGGUUGACUGAUGAUGACUUGGAAACUGUUGCAAAGAAAUUGAAGCCUUAUUUUAGGAAAUAUGAAUAUCCGAAGAAGAUGCAACCAAGUUUUUAUCAAGUUACUAAUCACUCGAAAGAGAGACCUGAUGUUUGGAUUGAAAGCCCAGAGAAAUCAAUCAUUCUUUCUAUCACCAGUGAUAUCAGGACUAUAAGGUCUGAGGUAUUUGCUGCGCCGUACAGCCUGAGAUUUCCACGUAUUGAUAGAGUUAGAUAUGACAAGCCUUGGCAUGAGUGCCUUGGCGUGCAAUCAUUUGUAGAACUGGUGCAUUCAAGUAAUGGUACCACUCAAAAAGGGACAGAACAGGAAAACCAGCCUGAUAGUAAAACAAAACACAAGGCACAUGCUAGAAAGGCAGACAAAAAGAAUGUCUCCAUUGUUCCUUCUCAUUUUAUUCGGACUGACACGUCCAGCGUAAAGGGAGAAACCUUAAUAUUUUCAAAUCUUAUGUUUUACUUUGUUAAUGUGCCUCCGACAUAUUCUCUUGAUUCAUUUCACAAAAUGGUUGUGGAGCAUGGGGGAAGGUUCUCGAUGAAUUUGAACAAUUCAGUUACUCAUUGUGUUGCAGCUGAAAGCAAAGGGAUCAAGUAUCAGGCAGCAAAGCUGCAUGGGGACAUUAUCCAUUACUCUUGGGCCUUGGAUUGUUGCUCACAAAAAAAGCUCAUUCCUUUGCAGCCAAAGUACUUCCUUUUUCUUUCUGAAUCAUCAAAGAUGAAAUUACAGCAAGAAGUUGAUCAAUACUUUGACCCUUACUAUUGGGACCUUGACCUUGUGGAUGUCAAACGGCUCUUAAACAAUAUCCAAAGAUCUGAAAACUCCAAGACAAUUGACUAUUACAGAGCGAAGUACUGUCCAAAUGAUAAAUGGUCCCUGUUUCAUGGCUGCUCUGUUUACUUCUACUCUUCAGCUGAGUCUCUGAAAGCUGAUUGGCAAGUCUUGCUGAAUCUAGCACUGAGGAGGUUAAAGCAUGAAAUUUUAAUGGGUGGUGGCAAAAUAAGUGAGAAUCUCAGCAAUGCUACCCAUUUGGUAGUCCUCUCAGUACCGGGAUUGGAUGUGGACUUUGACUCUUUUAUUAAGAGUUGUUCUUUUGAAGAGAAAAAUCUUGUGUGGAAAAAGGGGCUUCAUGUUGUCAGAUCUCAGUGGUUGGAAAAUUGCUUAGAGCAGGGACAGAAGUUGCGAGAAGACCAAUAUAGCUUGAAACCCAAUGAUUUUGAAGAAACAAACUUCGUAGAAAGCAAAUUGGACCAAAAUCUGGAAAAAUCCAAGCCAGAUUUCAACGGUGUUCAGAACAAGGGUACAUGUACUUCACCUGAAAGUAAAACAAAACAGAGAGGAGGCAAAGAUCACCCCGAAAAAUCAAUUUCAUCGGUUACACCUAGUCACGGGAACAGGAAGAGAAGACCUGCUAGCAAGAACACAAAGAAAGGAAAAACAGUUGUAACCCGAGCUCAAAGAGUACCAAGACGUCGUGGAAAGAUGUCUGUUAAGAUUAACGAAGAUGGGUCUGAGGAAAGUGGUUCUGAUGACAAAACAAAUGAGGAGAUAAAGAAGGGUGAAGGGUAUAAUACUGAAUGCUACAGAAUGGCCGGUAGGGAAAAUUUCGAGUUUCAUCAAAAUCAAGCAGCAGAAGAAAAUGCUAGCAUAAACUGGCCUAAAAAAGCUCACGAUACCGUGAUGUGUGAAACAAAUAAUGACCAACCUGGCAACAAAGCCGAGAAGUUCGACCAUAUGGAACUAGAUGAAGGGAAUUACGGCCAUGAGAUUUCAAACUCAGAAAAGCUAGAAGUUAUGGUCGAUCCGGUUCGCGCCAUGUUACUAGACAUGAUCCCAAGCCUUGGAAUAAAGCAUGUCAAAACCACAAAUUCUGUUGUCCAAAACGAGAAACCUCACAUGGAUAACGAUGCAGACAUUCGUGUCGUAGAGGACGAGAAACUAGAUGCCGAUUUUAUUCCACAGCCUCAAAAGAAAAAGAAAGUGAGUUACAAGGAUGUUGCCGGUGAACUACUCAAGGAUUAGUAAAAACGUUGUAUAUAUUAUAUUGCAUGGCAUUGUACAUUUUUAUAUUAUGCAUUACAUAAAUCCUAGGAGACGAUAGUAGUUGUAGGUCACCAUCGCACAAUACUUGGAUUGAGCCAUUGUAUACCUUGUUUCAUUUACACUCCAUGAGAUGAUGCAUUUAGCUUUGGCAAAGUA